AUGGGUUGCUUCAGCAGCAAACAUCGAAGAACACAGAGUGACGUCGUCAAUGGAAACGUACAGCGGUCAAUUCCGACAAACCAAUCACAAACUCAUGUCCCUCGUGACGUCACCGCACAUAGCUCAAUUCCGACAAAUCAAUCGCAAACUCAUGUCUCUCGUGACGCCACCGAGCCUCAAAUCCCGACAACGACUCAGAAUCAUCAUCAUAAUCCACAAGAACAACAAGAAUCCAAACCCGUUAAUCAGCCAAUCGAAGAGUAUCAGGUUUUCAAACCAUUGAAACCCAUCGCUCUCCUAGAAACAGAGACGAUCCUAGGCAAACCCUUCGAACAGAUCAAGAGACUCUACACGCUAGGUCACGAGCUAGGUCGAGGGCAGUUCGGUAUAACCUACACUUGCAAGGAGAACUCAACGGGAAACACGUACGCGUGCAAGUCCAUACUCAAACGAAAGCUAACGAGGAAGCAAGACAGAGACGACGUCAAGAAAGAGAUUCAGAUCAUGCAGCAUUUGUCUGGACAAAAGAACAUCGUCGAGAUCAGAGGCGCUUACGAGGAUAGACAGUCGAUACAUCUUGUGAUGGAGCUGUGUGGUGGGGGUGAGUUGUUCGAUAGGAUCAUAGCUCAGGGUCAUUACUCGGAGAGAGCAGCUGCUGGUGUUAUUAGAUCGGUGCUGAAUGUUGUGCAGAUUUGCCAUUUCAUGGGUGUGAUGCAUCGUGAUCUCAAGCCUGAGAAUUUCUUGCUCAGUAGUAAAGAUGAGGAUGCUAUGCUUAAGGCUACUGACUUUGGAUUGUCUGUGUUCAUUGAAGAAGGGAAAGUGUACAGAGAUAUAGUAGGAAGUGCUUAUUAUGUUGCUCCUGAAGUAUUAAGACGAAGUUACGGCAAAGAGAUCGAUAUUUGGAGUGCAGGGAUUAUUCUUUACAUUUUGCUUUGUGGUGUGCCUCCUUUUUGGGCAGAAACUGAGAAGGGGAUAUUUGAGGAGAUAAUAAAAGGAGAAAUUGAUUUUGAGAGCCAGCCAUGGCCUUCUAUAUCUGAGAGUGCUAAAGACCUUGUGAGGAAGUUGCUCACUAUGGACCCUAGGAAACGAAUCUCUGCGGCACAAGCUCUUGAGCAUCCUUGGAUCAGAGGCGGAGAAGCGCCGGAUAAUCCUAUUGAUAGUGCUGUGUUAUCUCGGAUGAAGCAGUUCCGAGCAAUGAACAAGCUUAAGAAGCUAGCUCUAAAGGUUAUUGCUGAAAGUCUAUCAGAAGAAGAAAUCAAAGGUCUUAAAACCAUGUUUGCGAAUAUGGAUACUGAUCAAAGUGGCACUAUCACUUACGAAGAACUCAAAACCGGGCUGGCUAGACUCGGUUCUAAACUCUCUGAAGCUGAAGUUAAACAACUCAUGGAAGCUGCUGAUGUAGACGGUAAUGGAACAAUCGACUACAUUGAGUUUAUCUCAGCAACGAUGCAUAGAUACAGAUUGGACCGAGAUGAGCACUUGUUCAAAGCUUUCCAGUACUUUGACAAAGACAACAGCGGGUUUAUAACAAUGGAUGAGUUAAAGUCAGCAAUGAAAGAGUAUGGUAUGGGAGAUGAAACUAGCAUCAAAGAAGUUAUAGCAGAAGUAGAUACAGAUAAUGAUGGAAGAAUAAACUAUGAAGAAUUCUGCGCGAUGAUGAGAAGUGGUACCACACAGCCACAACAAGGGAAGACUUCUUCCAUUCCAUUGAUUGAUUAGUCGAAAAAGGAGGAAUAUAACAUUAGUUUUGAUUCCCAACAUUUGUCUUAGAUUCAUGUGCGUAAAGUGUUCAAGUCCUAAACCGAUGAAAAGUUUUAGAAAAAAGUAGUUUAUGUUUUUCGAAUAUUCAAUAAUUUGACUCGAGAUAAAUUUCAUACAAGUUGCAGAAUAA